CGUUCUCGCGGUGCAUUGUGGGUAGGGAACACAGCUCCUGUCUCGGAAGUUUCCAAUUUUUCGCCAGCGGCAACUUCUUUCGAGGCCAAUCUGUGGCUUUCUUGCGUUCUUUGCGUUUCAAGAGCGAGAUUGGAACUCGGUAAUCCGGCUAAUUAGCUGCUAUGCUAACUCCGGACUGGACAGCGCCUCCUCGAGCUCAUUAAGAUGUUCAAAACACAAGUCGGGUGUCAUUUUUUUAUGAUGGGGGACUAGUUCUCCCCACCUGUCCUCAAGUCACAAUUCCUUGUCCCUUGCGUUGCCUGGUCUUGGGGAUUAGGUUCGCUUCGGAGAUGAAACUACACAGAAUGCUGCUGAGCGAAUGUAUGAAGCGCUCGGGGAUGUAUCUCCGGUCCACGGGACACUUGCGUUCAAAGCGCCUCUUAAACUCUGGCACGGGAGCCACUCAAGCCGUCGGUGCGAGGUACGCUCCCGAGGCACUUCGCUCGCCGCUCGAGUCGAGAAGACGAGCUCCGGCUCGCUCGGCGACAAACGAGCACCUGCUGCGAGGGGGAGCGUCAUUGCCCGGGUCCAUCGUCCGCCGCGUAACGACCGAAGCGCCUCUUUCCAUUGUGCCGCCACCUUUUGUCGUGAUGAGAUUUGAUCAGGAGGGAAAUGUUACAUCAUUCGAGAAGAAGAAAACUGAGCUGUGCCAGGAAUUAAGUCUUCAGGCCAGGGAUCUUCGCUUCCAGCACAGUACCAGCCUCACCACCAGAAACAACUGCAUUAUCCUGCGAAUGGAGGUAUGCUCAUGUGAAGCGGGAAGGACUGGCUCACAGGAGGCUCAGCUCCCGGGGCUGCAGGGACAGAGUCGCCGCUGCGGGUUCGGUGGUGUAAAGGUUCAUUUUGGAUGCCGUUGGAUGUCGAAUACAGAAAUUGAAUUGGUUGGAGAAAAUGUGCCUCAAAAAUCACACGACGACUCAUCGAACUCUUCUUUAAAAGCCAUCGUGACUCCCCGUUGCCUUUUGGUGUUGGAUUUCCGCGGCCUGGGUUUGGAGCGCUGGCUGGUGCUCGAGCUGGCCCCGCAGCUCGCUUCGCAGGCGCACUCGCUGCCUUUUGAGUUCCGGGCGCUGGAGGCCAUACUGCAGCACAGGGUAAACAACCUGCAAACCCGGCUCAAUGAGGUUGAGCCGGUAAUAUUGGACGUUUUGGAAUCUCUGGUGGAUCCGAAAAUCCUGUCUGCCGAUAGAAGUAAACUCCACGUACUGCUGCAGAACAGCAAGAGUUUAUCAGAGUUGGAGACUGACAUUAAGGUGUUUAAGGAUUCCUUGCUGAAGAUUUUGGAUGAGGACGAAAUCAUUGAAGAACUCUGUCUCACCAAGUGGACAGACCCCAGAGUUUUUGAGGAGAGCAGUUUGGGGAUUGAUCACGCAGAGGAGAUGGAACAUUUAUUGGAUAAUUACUACAUGCAGGCCGAAGAGCUGGGGAACGAGGCCAGGGAGCUGAAAGGCCUGAUCGACGACUCGGAGAGUGUCAUCUUUAUCAAUCUGGACAGCCAUCGAAAUGUGAUGAUGCGUUUGAACCUGCAACUGACCAUGGGGACCUUCUCACUCUCCUUAUUUGGUCUCAUCGGCGUGGCCUUCGGAAUGAAUUUGGAGUCGUCUUUUGAAGAGGACCCUCGCGUUUUCUGGCUGGUUACAGGAUUCAUGUUCCUCGGCAGCGGCCUGAUUUGGAGGCGACUGCUGUCAUUUUUGGGACGACACCUCGAGCCUGCAUUACUCCCACCGAUUCCUCCAGUUUGGAAGAGAAAUCUGAAGGCUGGAGUGAGGUGAUGCUAAGAAGCACUUUUAAGGGCAAUAGACUGAGCUCAUGUUUUGCACAAAGAAGACACAAAGGAGGUGUUUCCCAUCAGCAUCCUGUUCAACUCCUUAAAAAAAAAAAAAAAAAAAAGAUUUGUAUGUCCUCGCGCAUACAGUGUCUUCAAAAUGUGCCACGAGUGACAUUGGUCAUAUAUUGGUCCCCCCACCACGAGCCAAACAAACAUGCCUCUCAUUCACUUAUCCAUUGGUGGGGGGGAAAAAAAAAUCAUUUCAGAGUGUAAUGUAGAAAAAUGAGACCUGUGUCAUCUCAUUUUGUUGUUAUUACUGCAUUCUAUCAUAAUCAUGUGUCAAAUGCACGUAUUGUUUGUGCCAUAUAAUGACAAUAAGAUAUAUUUUUGUGUGUAACUAUUUUAAAUACGCUUCACAUUUUGAUGAUUUUAAUCCAGUCAAUUCCUCAACCUUUUUCAUCUACUGACUCAUCCUUUCUUUUACAUACUGUAAAUGCAUUAAAUGGUCCACACCUCUCCCAAAAAAAAAAAAAAAAAAUGGUUUUUCCAAGUGUUCAAAGCCGCAAUUGUUAAUAAUAUCUCUGAACAUAAAGAAAAUGUAAUUACAUUUUCCUGCCCGUUGGUCACAGUACAGCUCAUUUUCAUAAUUUGAUUGAAUUCCACUAACUGUUGAAUCACACCUCUGUAUAUAUUUUUUCCAAUUGUCAGAAUUGAAGUGAACUUUGACAAAUUGGACUUGAUUUUUGUAGUUCGUCUUGUACUUUUUGAGCCAUGUACAGAGGAUAACUAGGGCCGAGCACAUAUUCAGGUAGGAAGCAAAUGUUUUGGUAACAGAAUAUUUGCAGUACACAUUUGCUGCCCAAAAAAAACAACAACAAAAAAAACCAAUUAAAGAGCAAAGAUACUUUUCCAGAGGAAGGAAUCAUA